AUGGUAGAGGACGAGGACGAAGACGAAGAUACGUCUAACAACAGCAGCUCAGAUGACAGCAGCAGCUCCGAUGACGAUGACGAUGACGUCCCAGACGAUGACGAGUAUGAUGUUAAGAAAGUUAAGCACCGAGAGGAGGUGCCGCGCAUUCAGAUAGUUGGAUCAAGGUCGCAAUGGUUGGAAGCAAUCCGCAGAGACGGCACGGCAGGUGAGUCAGCUAGGAUGAAGGCAUUCUUAGAGGUAUUUCGCGAAGCCCAACACCUUUAUCCUGACCAGAGAGUUUCUGCUACCUCCGAGGAGACGAAGACCCUUGAUAUCGUCGCCCUUAUUCUAAAGGAUGAAGGGAAAAUCUGUGUGCAAUAUGAUGGCAUACUUCCGCCCCGCGAUAGGGCAGCAGCGCUAAAGACAUUCCAGGAUGGGGCUCCAGCUACCUUUGUCUGA